AUGUAUGGGAAAAUUACAGGCAAAUCCCUUGAAAAUAAUGAUCCAAAAGAAGGAGAUACAGAAGCGAUUAAUAACAAACAAAAUUUAGAUGAACAACGAAUUGAGGAAGAACUUGCGAGACGGUAUAGUCUCAGAGAACGAAAAAAAACCAACUAUGUUGACAUUUCAGGCUUAGACACAGAUCCAUAUCAUUAUCAAGAAUUUGACCCCUUGCAAGACAACCUGGAUCAUUCUCCGGCUAUAUCAUUAAACAGGCCAAUCAUAUUGGAGACAACAUAUAACCUAAUUUCUACGCACGUAAUUUGCGCGUUCAACUCAACGUUACAUUUGGUCAAGAAAUCUGUCGAUGAAAGCUUAUUUGAAAAGAUCGAAAGGCUUAUUAAAAUGCGAAACAAACUAAUCUUAUCAAAGCCAAUGAUGCAAAAGCUUAAAACGAUUUUUGAAGCAAAUUUUACGGAAAUUACUUUGAAAAUAAUAACAGAGACGGAACGUGAAAAGAAUACGGAAAAAACUGAGGAAUCACAAUUCCUUUUUUUCAUUAGACAUGCCCUUCUCGAUUUUGUCGCAAUGUUUGAAAAUUUAUCACCAAGGAUAUUGAAUCAGGAUAUGUCUGAAAGGACGUAUAUAAUUGAAUCUAUUUCACCUAUUUUCCGAUCUUUCAGAAAUGCAUUUCCUGAAGUUAAAUACGAAUGGAUCGAGAAGGAUGUUAGGUCAGUGAAGGAAGCGGGAAGAAUGUUUGCAAUUAACAUCAAGUCUCGGAAGACUGAUCUCCUAGUUAUAAGGCUCUCUGAUGCAACUGAAAUCUUACAUGUUGAAGUUUCUGGCCCGCCUUUUAAAGCGGAUAAAAAACACACAAUAGGUGACAUUAAAAAAUUACUGAUGAUGGCAGUUUGCAAUCUUUGUAGAAUCUUAGCAAGCAACUUUGAUUGUCCAAUUGACUAUGCAAAAAAAGUUAAAUCGUACAGUAUUCAGGUGAUUGGUGACAAAUUAACGUUAUUCUCUGUGUCACUUGUUGAUAAGAAGAAAUACUUAGCUAUUGAAUUAGCUUCCUGUGUAAUUCCCUUUUCGUUUGAAGAAAUUGGAUGUUAUAUAAAAAUUUUUAAUUUUUUUGCGAUCAUAAGGAAUGAGUUCAGUGAACAAAAAAAACUUUUAAAAAAAAUUCGUACUUUUGUACCCUCGGUUGAAGAUGAUACCAGUGAACUACGGGAGUGGAUAGACUUACCAGAAGAUGAUCUAAUACCUGUAACAGAAGAAGAAAUGGAUGAACUCUUUUUAGAUUAUGAAUGA